AAGCCUAGGCACAAAUACCUCAGUUUCUACUAUUUUCACGUCAAAGAACACCGGGUAACUUCACAAAAAAAAUAGCAAUGAAUUUUUUAUUUUUUACCUUUGUAACUGCUCUCAGUUUUCCUGCGUCUAAUGCAAUUUUUUCAUCUCUCUUUGAUUACUUUGAUAAUUACUACGACUACGAAGAUUCAGUGCCUUCAGAUAAUACCUUCGACUUUUUCGAUCCCUUCGACUUUACAGACAUUUUUCAUGGUUAUCCUGAGAGUGACGAAAAAAAUGUAACUGAAAUAAAAAAUGUUGAAGUUCAGUGUGAUGGUUGCAAUAUAAAGAUUAAUUGUACCAACUGUACAGUUGAGGGAUUACCACCAACAGCAUCGUCAAUGCAUGAUUCAACAGCAAAUCCAAUACAAAGUUCAACAUCAGCUCCAACAUCAACUUCAGCAGCACCUGGAUCUGGGAGCACCUCUCCAGUGGCUCAGGAUGCGACACCUUCUGCGGCUUCAACUCAGACGGAACCAACAACAGUUUCGGCCCCAACUGAUGCGGCUAAAGUGGACGAUUCCAUCCAGGAAAAUUCUAUGACAACCAUUGCUCCACAGAGUAAUAGCACUGAGGUAAAUUCCACAGAAGCAUCAACUGAAACGACUACAGCAGGAACGAAAUAAUUGAGGGAUGUGACGUUGAUGGAGAAGGAGAAUAGUUUUUAGAAAAAAAAAUGGGUGCACGAGAUCCCAAAGAGACAAAAGCCCACCAAUUUAUGGUCCUUGAACAAUAAAUUUUUGGUCUAUUUGCCCCAAUCAUGGGUUCUUCACCCCAAAAACUGCUCCGGAGAAGGUUACUUUGCAGAGUUCACCGAAACAUCCAAUUCUUCAACUUUUUUUUUGUUGUUCCUUCCUCUUCUCAACUCUUCCUUUUUUGCUUGGAGGUAUAUAUACCAAAAAUCGCAUGCAAAAUAUAAAAUAAGGCUAUUGAAAUAGAAACGAAAAAGAAGU